UUCAGUUUGUGUGAUCCACAGUUUCGCUCAGUUCCUGCUAAGAAGGGUAUACACUAUAUCACACUUUAACUGACAGUAGCUAAACGGCGAGGUUGUCACCUGGUUUCACCAGCUGACAGUCUCUCUACCUGCUACAAACCAUUUCCUUCGCCGGUAAAAGUACUCAUACAACGAAUGGGCAGCGACAACGAUGCACAAAUAGGAUAUGGUAGACGUGGUGCGUCAUCAUCGAGCAGCAGAGAGUCUUCACCCGCUUCUAAACGGCAGAAACGGUCUUUCACACCAAAUUCUGACGAUGAGACCCACGUAGUCCCUGCACCAGUCGACACUAAUGCGGAUACAUCUUCCAGAGAUGGUACCCCAGCACCAUUGAUUCGUCAAGCAGUUGGAUUUUCAUGGCAGCCAGUCCCUGUCCUCCCGUCAAAUCCAAAUGCAAUACAAUUUCUCCCAGGACAGGCGCUACCCAAGAAGAAGAAAAGGAGGCCAAAACCGGAGUACUCCGCUCAGACCAGCCGGUUUAGACUCGCUCAGGUACCCGAGCCCCCACCAGCACACACAUCAGAACCCUCAACACAGCCCACACUAUGUGCUGGCGGGGGUCCGUAUUCUUCAAUGUAUCGCAUCAGCAGUGCUGCAUCGCCUAGUGCUAGUGUCACCAUGUCUAACCCUUCAGUCGCUGAUGGUGCGUCACCUGGGGAAGCUCAUUCCCCGGCCGCAUCUUCAACAGUAGUGUCCGGCCCACGUAGUUCGUAUCGUGCGGCACCGGGUGCAUACAAUAACACAAUUCCAAGUGGCAGUUGCGCCCAAGGGCAACUUGACGGACAUACCACCCCUGCCAAGAAUAAACGGAACAAGAAACCAACCGGGCAACGCACUGCUCGGGGCCCUAGUUCCUUAGCUCAGUCAUCAGCCUCUGGUUGCCAACUUCAACCAUCUCCCAAUAUGCAUUACCCACACCCAGGAGCACAUUAUCGUCGUGAUUAUGAGGCAAACCUCGAUUCACGAUUACCCUCCACAAGUGCAGUAUCUCGUCAAGAACCUGUGGGACCGACUUUUUCUGCACAAGAACGAUCUGCAGCACCUCCAGCCCCUGGAGGACAAACGCAACCUCUUCGGAUGUUGACGCUCCUCAUUGAGGAUAUUAGAAGUGGAGUCCCAGAUCACCAGCUUGCAGAGAUCAAAGUGUUUCUUCGGCCAGGGGAAGAUCCAGACAGUGGUUUUUGGGCAAACGCAAAAGAGGUUUGCGAGACUUUGCAAGCCGGACCAUCGCGGAUAGAUGGUCCUGCGAGGGUGUACACGCUUCGUGGAAAAUAUCGCCAGUUCUUCAUGCGUGUGGAUACUGAUAACGUCCUCGAAGUAGAAUCGUGCAAUCUUGGUGUGAGCAAAGAGCGCACACUUGAAGUCGUCGUCGAGUCUCCUGUCCCGAAGGGUCGAUUACCUCCACCUCCCCGGCUUCCUCUUGAACUGCCACAAGUAUCUAGCUCUGACUCCGACACUGCCCUGUCACCAUCUCAACAGCAAAUGCCAAGACAGCUAAUGUAUUCGGGAGUCACAUGUGAUACGCGCAUCGAUUUGUUGUCACAAAGUGAUUACCGCCCCCAGAAGAGAAAACGACCAUCCCAGAGCCAUUUAUCACCUCAAAAUAAAGCACCACGAAACUCAGUCCAGAGGACUCCUUCUCCUAGUCGCACGCCACAUCGAGCGAGACAGGUGAGACAUGAAGACCAAGAAGGCUCCUCUUCUGAUGAAGAUGGUGUACGAGAAAUAUCGCCCCCCAUUCCUGGACGCUAUGCUGAGACAGCAGAUGAAAGGGACGAUGCGAUUGCCAAUUUCAUUCGAUCGGACAUAGAGGGCGAAAAGGAUUGGCCUCGAUGCAUGUCGAUCACCUCUCACGGAGGUCCAAGGCGCGUUUCUGACGUCCUGUGGUCCUAUAAUUACGUCGAAAAUAGAGUCAAGGAACACGAAGAUAGGAAAACACCAUCACACUGGGAUGGGGCGCCAAACUCCAGGGUUGAGAGACGACAUGUUUUGCGUACACUAAACCUCACUCCGGAAUGGGGAAAGGAGUGUCGGAAAAUUCUCACUCUUGUUGAUCAUUACGGGAAGUAUGGGCGCAGGUAUCCGGAUCCGCAUGUCAUAAACGAGAUUGAUAGUACGGACGCUCCUACAGAGAAGACUUGGAAACGGUUUGUUAAGUUGCUGCGCUCGGUUGAUGCGCAGUUUAAUUCCAACCGAUUAAUGGAAAAUUUGUGAACAUAAGCUAUUCACGGUGGAUUUAGCUCUUGUAUUUGCACUACGUCACCUCUUCAUAAUAAUUUCUCGCUCGUGCUCUCGAUGUGCACCCGUAUAGAUACAUCAAAAUAAUAAUAGAUAUACAUAU